GAGAGAGUCUGAGGCGCGGAGCUCAACAUCAUCAGUCGCAAUAACGGCUUAAUCAUUCCUCACCGUGGACGACCGACACCAACCUCAGCAUCUUAAACGCUUUAUUAGACACAAGAAAAGAAACACGCAUUAAGAAAACGACACUUUUCCGGUGGUGCUGGUGAUAUUUGGUGGAUUUUAAGUGUGAAGAGGUGAAGUCCACCCGGCGGCUCAACACCUUCCGUCACACCGCAGGACAAACUUCACCGGACACACUUCAGACGCACCAUGAAGUACAGCUACUGGAAUCUUUGAAUUGAGCGGAGGAAGUCGAGAGAAGAAAGCCUGGUUUGAAGAAAAAGCAAGCAAAAACAGAGGGACGAAAGAAUAAAGUUCAUUGGAGAAAGAGAGAGACGAAAAGACGGGGACAAUGGGGAGGAAAAAGAUUCAGAUCACACGGAUUAUGGAUGAACGCAACAGACAGGUGACGUUUACAAAGAGAAAGUUUGGCCUGAUGAAGAAAGCCUAUGAGCUGAGCGUGUUGUGUGACUGUGAGAUUGCCCUCAUCAUCUUCAACAGUACUAACAAGCUGUUCCAGUAUGCCAGCACAGAUAUGGACAAAGUGUUGCUCAAAUACACUGAGUACAAUGAGCCACAUGAGAGCAGGACCAACUCCGACAUUGUUGAGACCCUGAGAAAGAAGGGUCUAAAUGGCUGUGACAGCCCAGACCCCGACGCAGACGACUCGGUGGGCCACAGCCCAGAGUCAGAGGACAAGUACCGUAAAAUCAACGACGACAUUGAUCUGCACAUGAUCAGCAGACAGAGGAUAUGUGCGUUGAGCAAGAAGGAGAACAAAGGCGGCGAGAGCCUGGAGCUCGAGUCUGCUCUCGCUCUCACUCCGCACACGGAGGAGAAAUACAAACAGAUUAACGAAGAGUUUGAUCUAAUGAUCAAGACUCAGAAGAUACCUGCUGUGCCCUCUUCCACCUACGAGAUGCCCAUCCCCGUGAAUAACCAGAUAUACCCAGGCAAUCAUAACCUGCUUCCACUGGCCCACCACAGCCUGCAGAGAAACAGCAUGUCACCCGGGGUCACACACAGACCACCUAGUGCAGGUGGUCUGAUGGGCACUGAUCUCUCGACUGGCGCGGGCACUAGUGCUGGGAAUGGCUAUGGAAACCACCGUAACUCUCCAGGACUUCUGGUGUCCUCUGGAGGUAUGAACAAAAGCAUGCAGGCCAAGUCCCCUCCACCAGUGAACCUGGGGAUGAACAGCCGUAAACCUGACCUACGAGUUCUCAUCCCACCCGGAGCCAAGAACAACAUGCCCUCUAUUAAUCAGAGAAUAAACAACUCUCAGUCCGCGCAGUCACUGGCGACCCCCGUGGUUUCUGUAGCGACACCUACUCUACCGGGACAGGGAAUGGGCGGCUACCCAUCAGCCAUUUCCACCUCAUAUGGUACUGAAUAUUCUCUGAGCAGUGCGGAUCUGUCUUCGAUAUCUGGCUUUAACAGUGCCAACACUCUGCAUCUGGGUUCAAUGAGUGGAUGGCAGCAGCAUCAGAUCCAGAACAUGCAGCACUCUGCUCUCAGUCAGCUGGGAAAUUGCUCUAGCACUCACUUAUGUCAGGGUUCAAAUCUCUCCCUGCCCUCUACUCAAAGCCUGCACAUCAAGUCCGAACCUGUUUCUCCUCCUAGAGAUCGAUCCAGCAGCACCACGCCCGCCGGCUACGGCCCGCUACCGUCCCACCAGCAGCACCAGGGCCCACCCCCGCAGGGGCGACAGGACUCGGGCCGCUCCCCGGCUGACAGCCUCAGCAGCUGCGGCAGCUCGCAUGAAGGCAGCGACCGCGAUGACCACCGUCCCGACUUCCAUUCGCCAUUAGGAUUGGGCCGGCCUGGCCUGGACGAGCAAGACAGCCCAUCCAUCAAGCGUGUCCGCCUCUCAGAGGGGUGGGCCACAUGAUAAGCAAUGCCCCCCUUUGGACAGCCCCAUCCUCGAUCUUGACCUCCCCAUGCGAAGCGGCUCACGCGCUAAUCAUUGCUCUCCCUUAUUCUCUGAUUUGCUGUAGAGAGGGGAGGAAGUGCUCUCGAAAUUACCUGUAUUUUUUUUUUAUUAUUAUUAUUAUUAUUAUUUUAUCAGAGUGUGUCUGAUAUACAUAUUGUUGUGAUUGACGGGUUUUCAGGGAGGGAAGCGGGAAGGAGGACUGA